AUGUUGUUCACUCUGUCGUCGUUGGUACUUGCCUCAUUCGUUGCAGCUCCAUGUCUGGCUUCAAGCCAAGCGGCCUUCAGUAUUCCCGGAGCGGACGAUUCGGACAACUAUGAGUUCAAGUGGCCCGUGCAAAAUGUGGCUAUUAUCGGUGCUGGCGUUAGUGGAUUGAUGGCGUACCGGGAACUCACUCGGGCAGGGCUGCAAGCGCACAUAUUCGAGCGCGACCGAGUGCCUGGCGGAAAUUGGUAUUACAGCGAAGAGACUCCCCUCGACGCACCCAUUCCGAGCGCCGACAUAGCAGUCGGAGACUUUGUCCCGUCAUUGCCGCCCGCUGGCGUCGAACUUCCUUACACAGAAGAGUACAAAGACAAUUAUGCCGACGUCAAACGGGGUCAUAGAGGUCCGAAGCCACUGUGGGACAGUCUGCACUCAAAUGCACCAGCACCGAUACAGCAGAUCACCGACUUUCCAUGGCCGGUCGACAUAAAUUGGGAGCUAUCACACUACCAACUGGGGAAAUACUUGCGAUCCUUCGCGUCCUUCCUCGGCUUGAAUAGCAACGAUGAGAACCCAGACACUUCGUACAACACCCGUGUUGAACGAGUCGACAAAUAUUUGGAUGAGAAUGGUAACGAGCAUGGUUGGAAAUUGCUGCUCAAAAAACUCGUGCAAACCGACUAUGGCACAUUGAAGGCGACCUGGUAUACCCAAGUGUUUGACGCAGUGGUUGUCGCAACGGGACGUUAUAAUGCUCCGCACAUUCCCCCGAUUGCUGGACUGCCGGAGGUAGCACAAGUUUUCCCUGACAGGCUCACUCAUUCUCGACAAUACCGUCAUCCAGAACCAUAUGCGAGUGAGACUAUCCUUAUCGUGGGCGCUUCUGUCAGCGGUGCAGAAAUUUCGAGAAACCUCAAUCCAUUUGCCAAGAAAAUUUAUCAGUCUAUCCGGCCUGAUAAAUCCGAUGCUGAACAUAUCCCUGUUUCCGCAUUACUGGGCCGCCUCCCAUCAAAUACGACAAUAGUCCCUGAGAUCAAGCGGUUCCUUCCCCCCACGGGCUCCGACUUCAGUGCAGUUCAAAUUGAGCUUGUCAACGGAACAAUCCUGACGGGCAUCGACCGUGUCAUUUUCGCCACAGGGUUCCGCUACUCGUUCCCGUUCCUGCCGCAGUACCACAACUCUUCCAUCGGACUGAACGACACCGUUCCCACUGGCGAGCUCCAGCCGAUCGUCACAGACGGCACACACAUCCGAUCGCUCCAUCUGGACAUCUUCUAUAUCGAUGACCCAACGUUGUGCUUCAUAGACAUGAACGUUGGCAUGCAAUCCUUCACUUACUCUGAAUAUUUGAGCGUGGCUUUCUCGAAGGUGUGGACUAAGAAGGCUUUCUUGCCAUCCAGGCGUGAGAUGUGGCGGAUGCACGAGGAGAGAGUGAAAGACCGUGGAGGCUACGGAAGGUAUUUCCAGUUCUUAGGUGCAGCGAGGACAGAUGAAAACAUCCGCUACUUCAUGGCGUGGCUGAAUACCGCUGCGGCAAAAUAUGGGGGUCGCAAGGUUGACAGUCUUCCCAGGGGGACAAGUGACAUUGGCCAAUAUUGGAUCAAAGCCCGAUACGGAGACCUCAACUUCAGAUUCAACUUCUCUGCUCUACAACCCCUGGGCGUAGUUGACACGGCUCUCGAUAUGCUUUCAGAGGAGGAACGGUCUGAGGCCGUCUACGAUGCCGUAUUUGGCGAUUGGUGGUAA